UUUUUUUUGUUUUUGGUAUUGCAUAGGAUGUCACCCACCAAGACUGCAAAAAAAGUAAACAAUACGAAAACAACACAGAAAGUGCUGUCAAAAAAUCAGCCCAAACCUCAACAAGAGGAAGAAGAGGAGGAAGAGCUUUGUUUUAUCUGUACUGAGCCCAUCACGAUCUAUGCAGUUUCUUCUUGCGAUCAUAGAACAUGCCACAAGUGUGCCUUGAGAUUAAGAGCUUUAUACGAGACAAAAAACUGCGCUUAUUGUAAAUCUGAACAAUCAGUGGUGAUAUUCACGAAGGAUGCCCAUAAAGCUUUUGAUAGUUAUGAUCAGGAACGCGACACACCUUUUUUCAAUAAGAAAUUAAACAUAAAGUUUGAGACACAAAGUAUGUACAAAGAGGCCAUGCAUAUGAUGGAUUACAACUGCCCUAUCCAACGACUUGAAGAAGGUAAUAAAGCCUCUUGCCAACAAGUCUGUCAGAACUGGAAUGAAUUGAAGCAGCAUGUUAUAAAGGAACAUCAAAUGAAUUUGUGUGAUCUUUGUACUCGUUUUAAAAAGAUUUUUCCAUUUGAACAUACUUUGUAUACUCCCUCUCAACUCUUGACUCAUUACAAAGAAGGCGAUAAAUCAUUUCUCCCUGAAGACGAAACCGGUUUCUCAGGGCAUCCAGAAUGCGGCUUUUGUAAAAAACGAUAUUUCAGCGACGACGAAUUAUUUAUCCAUUGUCGAGACUCACAUGAACAAUGUUUUCUAUGUGUAAAAAUGCAUGGUCGACGACAUGAAUAUUACGCUAAUUAUGACGAGCUGGAACAGCAUUUUAGGACGGAGCAUCAUCUGUGCUUGUAUAAGAGCUGUUUGGAAAAGAAAUUUGUGGUUUUUGGAACUGAUAUUGAUCUGAAAGCGCAUGAAGUAGAAGUGCAUGGAGGUAGCAGACAAUUGGAUCUGAAUCUUUUUCAAUAUGAUUCGGUUAGAAAUCAACGACAUGGCGGUAAAGGGAAAGGAAAGGCAAAAGCGACGAUAUCGGAUCAGGAAGUGUCUUCAUCAUCGGGUAGAGGAUCUCCUCGAUCGUUUGAAGUGAGGGAUAUCAGGCCACAGGGCAGCGGCAAUAGUAGUAAUAUAGUCAGCAACAGGAGUACAGAAGAAUUCCCAGCGAUAAACAAUAAGGAAAAGAAGGUAGAGAAACCUCGUGUUGUGCCCGGAGCAAGUGGACUGAAGAAAAGUAAAGGAAAGGGUAAAGCCAUCCAAAAGCCUGCUGGAUUUGGAGCUUUAUCAAGUGAUCCUCAACCAGUGGAUUUUGAUCGCAAUCCAACUUACGAUGAUACAUUAUCGCUCUCCUCUACGUCAUCGUCACCAUCAAGUGCAGCAUCAUCAGCUGCAGAUAACUUGACUGUCGCUCAACAUCAAGCCUUUUUAUCCAAGGUGGGUGUGAUGCUGCAAACUAAAGCCAAAGUUGCUGAAUUCAAAUCUCUCACCAAAGCGUACCGCAACAGCUCUAUGUCAUGCGAAGAUUAUGUUCAGCAGAUUAUAUUACUGACAAACCAAAAUGUAGAGCAUACGGCCAAGAUCUUGAAGGGUGUCGAGAAUUUAAUGGACAAGGAAGAAAAGAAAGCAGAAAUUGUUCGUGUAUGGAGAAAUAAGCAAACAGCAAUGUCACAUUUUCCUGCAUUAGAAGUAAAAGACAAACCAUUAGCAUCCAUCAGUAAACCUCCAUCACGUGUGCUAGUUAUAAAAGGUCCAACGAACCGACAAACAAGAAAAGCUAUUGUAGGAGCAAGCAGUAGUGGUAGCAACAAAAAUAAGAGCAGUAGUAGUAGUCAUCAACAAACAAAUAUGUGGGGUAAAGUGGCUACCGCUGCCAAUCGGGCGAAUGGUGUUUAUAGUAAUACUUCAAGCGCCAGAACGUCACCCCAAUCCUCACGAUCUACCUCACCUUUACCAUCCAUACCAAGCUAUGCAGCCUUUUCUUCCGCGUUGAUGACACCGACGAGCCCUUCAACAGCAGCAUCCAAUAACAACUAUAAUGGUUCUUUCCCUACUUUGAACAAUCCAUCCACAUCUUCGACAGCCUCGCCUACCUCGACGAAUACAAAGAUGUCAGCACCCAAACCUACCAAUACCGCAGCAUUUCCUGCUCUACCGGCUGCUUCCAAGACGAAACAUGAAAUUGUAAUGAACAUGCGUAAUAAUAGACUAGGACAAAAUGCUUGGGACCCCUCUGGUGCGAACAAUGUGAAGCAAGAUAGUGACCCAGGUACAUCAGAUUCUAAUAAUGGAAAUACCAAAAGGAAAAAGGGCAGAAAGAACAAUGUAUUAUUUAGAGUAGGAUUGUAAGUAGGAUGUAUGCUGGAAUAAAAAAUGCUUUAAAAUUCUUUGAAAGGAACAAUGAGCUGGAAUUUAAAAAAUUUUUCAGUCACCACAGUAAAAAAGUGCACUCAGCUGGA